AGCCUAUGUGUGGUGACACGCCAGCAUCUCCCUCCCUUCCCUGCUUACCGCGGUCGCUGCCUGGUGUGACAUGAUGCUUGGUAUUCCAUGCAGCAGCCUCCCACGCCCCGCAGCCACCCACGCCAGGAUCUGCGUCACGCAGCCGCGUGGGAGUGAGAGAGAAAUGUAGCAAGAGAGGAGCAACCAACUCGGAACAGUAGGGGAGUAGGGAUAAACCAACACUUAGCAGGUCCUUUAUACUAAACUUCUAUUACCCACACUCGUUUGGCUUCUCACCGUGAGGGGAGAAUUGAAGAGCAAGAAAGGAACGAAAGGUUGGAUGAGCGGUGCGAAGAGUUCUGCAGGGAUGGCAGCGGCGUUGCCCAGGACCCUGGGGGAGCUCCAGCUCUACAGGAUCCUCCAGAGGGCCAACCUGCUGUCCUACUACGAGGCCUUCAUCCAGCAGGGCGGCGACGACGUGCAGCAGCUGUGUGAGGCGGCCGAGGAGGAAUUUCUGGAGAUCAUGGCCCUGGUGGGCAUGGCCAGCAAGCCCCUGCAUGUACGGAGGCUCCAGAAGGCCCUGCGAGACUGGGUCACCAACCCGGCCGUGUUCAACCAGCCCCUGGCCUCUCUCCCUGUCUGCAGCAUCCCUGUCUACAAGCUAGAAGCUAACGGUAAUGCUAACGCUAGCACCCACGUCAAAGUGCCCAAACUUCAGGCGUCGGCCUGUGUGGGGGAGCCCAGGAGAGGCGAGGCGUCGGCGUCAGUGGUGGGUAGCGAGGGGGGAGGGGGUUCGGCCUCAGGGUCUCCACUGCAGAGGGGCAGCGAGCCCCGCUUCUGGGCCUCCUUGUCCUCCCACGGCGGAGGAGGGGGACCGGAGAGCGAGCGCAGCCUGUCCCCAGCAGAGUUGACCCUGGGUUUGGCUUCCCCCUCGUCCCCCCGCGGCGAAGAGGUACUAGAUGCCGCAGCGUUGAGGUCGGUGGUGGAGUGUGUGGAGCGGCUGGCCCAGGCGCUGCCCCGGAGCGACCCGGCCGACGUGAAGGAGGGGCUGAGGGGCAACAAGAAGCUGGCCAAGAUGAUCUGCCACAUCCUGGACAUGGACGAGGAUGACCCGAGGAGGGCGGAGGAGAUACGCAAGUACAGCGCCAUCUACGGACGCUUCGACUCCAAGAGGAAGGACGGCAAGCACCUUACGCUGCACGAGCUGACAGUGAACGAGGCAGCAGCUCAGUUGUGUAUGAAGGAGGUGUCCCUGCUGACCAGGAGAGAUGAGCUGUUUGGUCUGGCUAGACAGGUCUCCCGGGAGGUCACCUACAAAUACACCUACAGGACCAGCAAGUCCCGAUGCGGUGAUAGAGAUGAGAUUUCUCCCAAGAGGAUUAAAACAGAGGAGGGCUUCUUUGACCUCCAGGAGGCACUGCAGGCCAUCCACAUGAGACAAGAGACCCUGAGGGAGCAGCUGGCCACAGCCAAGUCUAAAGGAGAGGAGACCACAGGACGCAACAUCCAGCUGCAGCUGGAGCAUCUGCUGGCCAGGCAGAUGGAGAUCCUCCACGAGGCCAAGGCCCAGGACAGACUUCAGACCCUGGAGUGGAGGGUUCCUAUGGGGGGCUUCAAAUUCAGACACAGCACAGACCCAGAGCACCGCCACCAUACCAACGGAGGCUCCACUGAUAACACCAGUCUACAACCAGGGGAGAGGCCACUGAACCUGCGUGUGGCGGGUCAAAGGUCAGAUGGAGACAUACCCCUGGGGAAACAGCUAGCCAAUGAGCUGAAGAGGCAUCACAGCAACGGGGAGGGAAAGACCCCGGCGACGAGUCACCAUGGCAAUGUCGAGGGCAAAACUUUGGCCACAGAAAAUGGAAACGGGGCCGACUUCUCCCAAGGGGCUCUCAACCUUUCCGACAAGAAGACCAUCAAAUCAGAGCCAGAGGAUUCCAGAUAGCACCUCUUCUCCUCCUACUCCUCCUCCUUCCUCAUCCCUCUCUCAUAACAUAGUCGUCGGUCAAUACUAAAAAAGCACAACUGCAGUAGAGCCUUAACAACCAAUGUUGCCUCAAGUAAAGGGAUUUUACUUUUUGUUUAUUUUUUGCCAAAGCACCUAGAGAGCCUUUAUUUCUUUCCUUGUAGAAGCCCAGUUUUUUGUGUUUUCACUGACUGUGCUGAUUCCCCCACCCCUCUCUCCUUUCUUACUAUCAAGACUGAUGGCGAGUGGUCUGUAGAUGUCGUUUUUGUACAUACAUAAUUCUGACUCUGAAAAGUGUUUGUCAUUAAUGUUAUUUAAAUAUGUGCUGUGUAUAAUAAGGAAACAUAUUUCUGGUGGACUAUAGGAUGUCAGUUAUGUCCAGAUUGGGAAGAUGGAUGUCCCAGUUGUUACGAGGACAGGUUUGGCUCUGGUGUGUUAAGAGUGUACGAGGACAACACCAGAAUAUCCUGGUAGUAUUCCCUUUCACUUCGAGUCAACCAGGAUUUGGCUCAGAAAAGUCUUAUUUAAUUUGACAAUGUGGUCCGAUUUGAUCAAAGCACUAACAGUAGGGUGUGCAGGUCAUUCGGAAAGUAUUCAGACCACUUGACUUUUUCCACAUUUUGUUACGUUACAGCCUUAUUCUAAAAUGGAUUAAAUAAAAAAAUGUCCCUCAUCAAUCUGCACACAAUACCCCAUAAUGACAAAGCGAAAACAGGUUUUUAGAAAUGUUUGCCAAUGUAUAUAACAAAACAAAACAGAAAUACCAUAUUUACAUAAGUAUUCAGACCCUUUGCUAUGAGACUCAAAAUUGAGCUCAGAUGCAUCCUUUUUCCAUCGAUCCUCCUUGAGAUGUUUCUACAACUUUAUUGGAGUCCAUCUGUGGUAAAUUCAAUUGAUUGGACAUGAUUUGAAAAGACAGUUGACAGUUGACAGUGCAUGUCAGAGCCAUGAGGUCGAAGGAACCUGCUCAAGAGCGCUGAGGACCUCAGACUGGGGCGAAGGUUCACCUUCCAACAGGACAACGACCCUAUGCAUACAGCCAAGACAACGCAGGAGUGGCUUCAGGACAAGUCUCUGAAUGUCCUUGAGUGGCCCAGCCAGAGUCCGGACUUGAACCCGAUCAAACAUCUCUGGAGAGACCUGAAAAAAAGCUGUACAGCGACGCUCCCAAUCCAAUCUAACAGAGCUUGAAAGGAUCUGCAGAGAAGAAUGGGAGAAACUGCACAAAUACAGGUGUGCCAAGCUUGUAGUGUCAUACCCAAGAAGACUCGAGGAUGUAAUUUACAUUUAAGUCAUUUAGCAGACGCUCUUAUCCAGAGCGACUUACAAAUUGGAAAGUUCAUACAUAUUCAUCCUGGUCCCCACGUGGGAAUUGAACACUGGGUCCCCCCGUGGGAAUUGAACCCACAACCCUGGCGUUGCAAGCGCCAUGCUCUACCAACUGAGCCACACGGGACCACUGCUAAUCACUGCUAAAGCUGCUUCAACAAAGUACUGAGUAAAGGGUCUGAAUACUUAUGUAAAUGUGACUUUCUUUUUGGAAUUUAUUUUUGGAAAUUUGCAAAACAAUUGCAAAAGCUGUCAAAAUAAUGUCAUCAAUUUUAGAAUAAGGCUGUAAUGUAACAAAAUGUGGAAAAGGUCAAAGGGUCUGAAUACUUUCCAAAUGCACUGUAUAUGGGACGACAACUUUAUGUGAUAACGUUGGGUGUGUAUUAUAGCCAUCAAUAAUAAGCACAAGUAGUCUUAGCCGCCAUAUUUUCAAAUGGAGACGUUGACCUUCUCGAUUUUACUAAAUGGAGGGAAUUUAAAAUAGUGUGAACCACAAAACAGUAAUAACUGAAUUUGAAAGCAGGGUUUACCAUCGCACCAUCUCACUUUGAUUAGUACAAUACCAAUUGUGUGUUAGUAGAGCAAUACCAACUAGCUGUUGUUGAGGAACCCAGUGCAAAUGUCUAGUUGUCCCAGUUUUGGGGAUCUUGUUCACUGUACAGUUGUUUUAUUUCUUGUUGACUAGCGUUAGCCAUAGUCCUAGGUAACCCCGGCCCACACCCAUCCUCAAGAUGACCUGUAACAAAUAUGCACUAUUGUUUGAUUCUAAAAUGCAUCGUCAUGUUUUUAGAAUUUCCAUCAAAGUAUUUUUCACAUUUCUGAUAGUCUCCCAUGAAUGAUGUGCUGUACAUGUAUGUAUAGCAACGUUUGAGUAAUGUAGUCAAUGACAUGCAUUUCUGGGGUACUGGGGUCCUCUAUUAAUGUCACUUUAGAUCAGGAAAUUUUAGAGCCACCAUCAUAUGAUGUCAUUUGUCAGGUUUCCCUCUCAAAUUCAUAUUUUAGUCACGUACCAGUUUAGCUGUCUCGCUAAUUGUAUUGAUGUUUAAAAUGAUUACCUCUUCUUUCAGUUACACUGAUAUAUUAUGUUCUCUAUUCUCAUGCAAUAGUUAAAGGGACAAUUCACUAAAAAUAGAAAUUGUGUGAUUUACCACUUGAUGUGUUUCAUGUUUUUAGAGCACAGCAUUUGAUGACAAUGUCUACAAUGAUGUGGUUAGCUUUUGGUCAGGGGAGGCUAUCCAAAGCAUGCUGACACGUACACAAUAACCAGGAUAAGCCCUGAACAACUGCCGGGUUGAUCAUUGCAACACCAUGGAGUAAAAAAAAACAUGUGCAUUUUUAUAUUUAGUGAACAACCAAAAUGUGAGGAUAAAAUAUACAUUUUUAUAAUCUAUUAGAUGGAUGCAUUUUUGUUCAGAACACAAAUAAUUUUUAGCAUGCAAAUCUUUGUUAAUUUACCUAAGUGGGGAUUGUUAUUUAAUGGCCUAUGGGACGUCUACAUUCACCCUAUAUUUGAAAAACGUAUUUUUAAGUAAUUUGAAUGUCUCAAUAGAUUCCCCCUACUUCAUGCAACAUUUUUGGCAGUAUGAUUUAUUCAGAAAUGUUUACCUAAUUCUGUACAUGACUGUUUCUGUAUUCAAAAUAGCCAUCUCUAAAUAAGGUAAGGCAAUGACAAGUUGGCUCAUACAGAAACAGAUCAGCACCCAGGCUGCCACCAACCAGCUUCACAAAAGGAGGUUAUCUGAACCACCUUAGCUCCCUGUGAGUUCCUGUUCCUCUGCACCUACCUUUGUUCUUACACUCUGUUGAACUUGUAACGGCUUCGUAUUAUACAGUAGAAUUAUACAUUUAGAACUGUGGGAUGAAACUGUGUUUGUUGUCGAUAGAAGUUGCUCUUAUCACUGUUGUUGUUGGUAAAAACAUAAUUAGGUUAUGCAUUGUCAUGCACCCAAUUGUUUUGUAAACACUAAUAUAUUUACUUUGUUAUACAGCACAUGAACAUUAAACUUUAUUUUUUUA